AAGGAAACAAGAGGCCCACAAGUAUAAGUAUGUGGAAAACAAUAAGAUUUGAUAGUAAGGAAUGGUUGGAGAAAAUAAGCAAAGGAACAAAAGCAUCACCAAUUAACCAUACAUUGAUUGGAAGGCUAUGAAUAAUCUUAUCUCCAUCUAUUUUAUGGCUCCUAAUAUGUCUUCUGCAUUCAACAUUAUUACAUUAUACUUUUUCUUACACUGCUACUGUUGCUGCUGUAAAUUAGAGCAUGGCCUCCAACAUGCUCUCCAUUGCUAAUCCUUCUCUUAAGGCUUACAACAAGGGAUUUUCUGAAUUUGCUGGACUACAUGGUGCUUCACUUCCCUUUGCUCGCAAGGCCUCUGAUGAUUUUGUGUCUUCAGUGGCAUUCCAGACUAAUGCCGUUGGUAGUAACAAAACCAGUCAGAAAGGAGUAGUAGAGGCAAAACUGAAGGUAGCAAUCAAUGGAUUUGGAAGGAUUGGAAGAAACUUUCUAAGGUGUUGGCAUGGUAGAAAGGAUUCUCCCCUCGACGUAGUAGUCAUCAAUGACACUGGAGGCGUUAAACAAGCGUCCCACCUCCUCAAAUACGACUCUAUCCUUGGCACAUUCGAUGCUGAUGUUAAGGCUGUUGGGGAUAAUGCCAUUUCUAUUGACGGAAAAGUCAUCCAAAUUGUCUCCAACAGAAACCCUUCUAACCUUCCUUGGAAGGACUUAGAUAUCGAUUUGGUGAUCGAAGGGACAGGAGUGUUUGUGGACAGAGACGGAGCAGGGAAGCACAUCCAAGCAGGUGCUAAGAAGGUGCUCAUUACGGCCCCUGGGAAGGGUGACAUCCCUACUUAUGUGGUUGGUGUCAAUGAGAAAGGUUAUGACCCUUCUGAGUCUAUCAUCAGUAAUGCGUCCUGCACUACUAACUGCUUGGCUCCAUUCGUUAAGGUCCUCGACCAGAAAUUUGGCAUUAUCAAGGGAACGAUGACGACAACCCACUCAUACACGGGCGACCAAAGACUCCUAGACGCGAGCCACAGGGAUCUAAGACGUGCAAGAGCAGCCGCCUUAAACAUAGUGCCAACAUCGACUGGUGCAGCCAAGGCAGUCGCAUUGGUUCUGCCGAGCCUAAAAGGAAAACUAAACGGUAUUGCACUACGUGUUCCCACGCCUAACGUAUCAGUGGUAGAUCUUGUGGUUCAAGUGUCGAAAAAAACGUUCGCAGAAGAAGUAAACGCAGCGUUUAGAGAGUCGGCAGAUAAUGAACUAAAAGGGAUAUUAUCGGUGUGUGAUGAGCCACUUGUAUCCGUGGAUUUCAGAUGUAGUGAUGUAUCAUCAACCGUUGAUUCUUCACUUACGAUGGUUAUGGGUGAUGAUAUGGUAAAAGUUAUAGCAUGGUAUGAUAAUGAAUGGGGUUAUUCUCAAAGAGUUGUUGAUCUUGCGGAUAUUGUUGCUAACAAAUGGAAGUAACUUAUGGAUAUUAUUUAUGAUCAUCUCUUACAAAUAAUAUACUCACACUUAAUUUGCCUUAUUAAUCACUAAUUUUUCUAUGUUAUUAGUGAUUGUUACUUCUUUUGUAAUAGUGAGAUGUUUUUUUAAUUUUAGUUAUAUUGUAUAGGGAAGAAAUUAAAAUGAAGUACAAACUUUGUUGGGGAAAUAAUAAAUCCUCACCUUUUGAAAGAUGAGCAAUUUGUUCA